AAUCAACGUUUAUUGUCACGAGUCUUGUCCUGGAGGCAGAACUGAGCGCUAUCCACUUUUGAUUGGCCAGCUACAAGGUAAAAGUUGGCUAUAAUGUUCAUGAAAACAAAAUUGCUUUUAGGUUUUUAAUUACAUAUUAGGGUUAGCAUUGUGGUUAAGUUUAAAAGGUGAUUUUAUAACUUUGUGGCUGUGUCGGAUGGGGACCACUCUGCUGAGCUGCCCCCAGAACAAGAUUAAUGACGAAAAACGCUAACAGGUAAAAGGACAAACCGACGCAUGAUCAGAUGCUGGUGUUGGGUUGAUUCUCUCCGUCCAUGUUUUGGGUGUAAAUAAUUACCCCCUCGCAAUAUACAGGAAACUACUUCUCUUGAGAUUAAGUGUUUUAUAGACGCAUCAACCGGCUAGGUGUUCUAACAAGCAAAGCAGCAUAUUCAUUUCACCAUCUGAAACAGACUUUGGAACAAAAGUUCCAGGCACGCAAUGAGAGUAUUGUACAAGGCAAAGCGUGUAUUAACAUGUGCAGGGUGUGCCUCCGUGCUACUCUUCAUAGCCUACUUCACACCUACGUCAAUAAGCAUGUUGUAGGUACUUGGAGGGCUUAAUCCCCAUGAACCGAUGUCAUCUAGCCCCUGGAGAGAAGCUGAAGCUGGGGAAUAGUAUAGAUACUUCCCUGGACCUGUGGUCCAGAGGGGAUGUUCAGACCUGCACUGACUGGGGAGCCCCUGUGAUCUGGGAUGGAAUGUUUGACCCAGAUCAUUACGACCAGGAGCACAGGAGGAACCACUCCUCUGUCUCUCUCACUGUAUUCGCUGUGGGCAGGUAUCUAGAUGCCUACCUGGAGGCAUUCCUUUUGUCUGCUGAGCGUCACUUUAUGGUGGCUUUACCUGUGACAUACUAUGUGUUCACGGAUGUUCCCGAGAGGGUACCAAACAUCCAGCUUGGUCCUGGGCGGAGCCUGAAAGUUGUGAAGGUGCAGAGACACUCUCGCUGGCAGGACAUCUCCAUGAUGCGUAUGAGGGCCAUUGCAGACGCCAUUGAGUCACAGAUUCGUCGAUACAGCCGCUACAUCUUCUGCUUUGACGUGGACCAGGUGUUUGUGGGUCGGUUCGGCUCAGAGGCUCUGGGAGACUCUGUUGCUCUGCUCCACGCCUACUACUACCACCGACCACAGAGCCUGUACACCUACGACCGCAACCCCAGGUCCAGGGCCUACAUGGAGACUGGGGACUUCUACUAUCAUGCUGCCGUGUUUGGAGGCUCGUGGCAGAAUGUGAAAAAUAUGACAGAGACCUGUUACCAGACCAUCAUGGAGGACAAGGAGAAUCAGGUGGAGGCUCUGUGGCAUGAUGAGAGUCACCUCAACAAGUACCUGUGGCUCCAUAAGCCCAGUAGAGUGCUGUCUCCUGAGUACUGCUGGAGCAGUGACAUUGGUUACCGUGGUGACAUGCAUGUGACCCGCCUGCUUUGGGCAAAGAAAAAAUAUGACACACUCCGGAUUACAGAGUGAGCAAUCAGAACCUAUAUGCAAUAAUCUAAUGAGCAAAAGCCCCUGAAGCUUCAAACAGUUCACAGUGCAGCGCUGCGAUAGUCUACAGCCCAGUAUGACCCACCUUGUGCAAGUCAAUAAAGUUUGUAAAUAUAACAUAAUGGGCCAUCUGCCUAUUGCACUGUGGAGUCUUUGGCUUGCGUGUUGAACCCAGAAUGAUCAAGUAGUUAAUUUCCUGGUUCUCAUGUGUCAUUGGCAGGAAUUUUCCCUUAAAAUCUUGUGGUUACUUAUUAGGAAUCUAACCUACUACCCUGGCGCUGCAAGCGCAAUGCUCAACUAACUGAGCCACACCAGAGAAGUGCAGUGACAUGUAGUCAGGAUCUAAUGUGAUAGCUUUAGAAAUGAUUCAACAUAUUUUUUUGUAUGGUUUGUAUUUUUGGAUUAUGAAGUAAAAUGUAUUUUAUAAAGUUGUAUUGGGAAUUAUUUUUAGAUAUAAAUAAAAACUCCUGAAUAAAGAA